UCCUUGUUAUGAUUCUGAACAAACAGGGUGGGUUUGGGUGAGACGUUGUAUGGAAGGUAAUGAGAAAUUGUGUUACAACAUGUUUAGAAUGAAAAAGGAGGUGUUUCUUAAUUUGUGUCAAGUUUUAGAACGUGACUUUGGACUUCAACAUUCAAGGAAUAUAAGAUUAGAAGAGUCAGUGGCAAUCUGUUUAAUGAUACUUGGUCAUGGAACAUGUAACCGAAUGGUUCAAGAAAUAUUUCAACAUUCGGGUGAAACCAUAAGUAGACAUUUUGAGAAGAUGAUCACUCUGUUGGGUGCUCGCUUUGCAGCUGCAUAUGUAAAGCCUUCGGAUCCAACUUUUAGUGAAGUUCCAACCAAAAUACAAGACCAUCCAAUUUAUUGGCCACAUUUCAAAGAUUGCAUCGGUGCGAUUGAUGGCACACAUGUGACAGCGGUUGUACCUACUGAGAAGUCCAUUCCAUACUUUGGAAGAAAGGGAUAUCCAACCCAAAAUGUGAUGGCUGCAUGUGAUUUUGAUAUGUUAUUCACAUUUGUUUUGCCUGGAUGGGAAGGUGCAGCACACGACACUCACAUUUUUCUUGAUACUAUUCGUAAACAGAGUAACAACUUUCCGCACCCACCACCAGGGAAAUAUUAUGUAGUUGAUUCUGGAUACCCAAUGAUGAAAGGUUAUUUGGCACCAUACAAAGGGAUAUCAUACCAUCUUCAAGACUUUCGAAGGAGAGGUGGAAGCCCUAGAACUAGACAUGAAAAAUUUAAUCAUGCUCACUCAUCUCUUCGAUGUACGAUUGAGCGCACUUUUGGUGUGUGGAAGAAUAAAUGGAGAAUUAUCAGAAACAUGCCAUCUUUUCCAUUCCAUAUCCAAAUGCUUAUUGUAUCUGCUACUAUGGCUCUUCAUAAUUUUGUUAGACUAAAUGAUAGGGAUGAUAGGGGCUUCAUAAAUGCCAAUCGAGAUUCAAUUUCUAGAAGAGAAAAUAAUAGUGAAGCAGAUAGCAGUUAUGAGCAGAAUUUAGGAUCUUUAACAGACCCUGCGAUGGUGGUUCUUCGUGAUUCCAUUGCUAAUUCCAUUUGGGGGGAUAAUAAUUAGUAGUUGUCUUUUUUUUAUAAUAUCCUGUAGUACAAUUUAAACUU